GUUUUUCUUUUGAUGCACGAGGUGUCUUUGUGCCAGCAGUUACUCGUUUAAACCAGAGAGAAAGAUCUUUCUCUCUGUUUAAACUAACCACGUGGUGACUCCUCGAUAAAAAUUAAAAAUAUACGAUGUCGGAACCAAAUUGGAAAAAACUCGAUAAACAAGCUACUGCAGCGGAAAUAGAGAUAGCUCUUCUAAAGGAACAAAUUGAAUUGCUGUUGAAGAGUUUCAAGCCUGAUACUUCGCAGAUUGUUUCUAAUGUGAAUAAGGAAGAGUUUGAAAGAUUACAACAAGAGAAUGUCAAGCUAAAGCAUAGAAUAAUAAUACUCACAAGGACUAUAGAAAUGUAUAAAGCAAAAGAUAAAGAGAGUGUACCAUCAAUGAUUAAUGAAUCAGAAGACAAGCUAUCAUCGAUGUCUAACAUACCUCAAAGCAAUACAAUCAGUAUACAUGCUACUCUUUGGGAUAUCUUUCAUAAAGCUAUCAUGGCUGCUUAUCCUAAUGCAAAAAAGUCACUAAUUUCAAUAACUACCAAUAGUAAUCCCAAAUUUGGAGAUUAUCAAUGCAACAGUGCUCUGCCUUUAGCACGAGAACUGAGUACUACUGGUAAUAAAUUAGCUCCACGCACUGUUGCUAACACCAUUAUGUCCAAGCUGAAAGAAUCACCUCUUGUCGAUAAAUAUGAAAUAGCUGGUGCAGGAUAUAUAAAUAUAUACUUAAAACGUGAUUUUGGACAAUGUGCUUUAAGCAAUUGGCUGACAACUGGUGAGAUUCUUCCACCAUAUGUUGAGAAGCAUAGGAUAGUUGUGGAUUUUUCUAGUCCUAAUAUUGCCAAGGAAAUGCAUGUGGGACACUUAAGAUCUACUAUAAUUGGAGAUAGUCUUGCAAGGAUAUUUGAAUACUUGGGACACUAUGUGCUGAGAAUCAAUCACAUAGGAGAUUGGGGUACACAAUUUGGAAUGUUAAUAGCGCAUCUUCAAGACAAAUUUCCUAAUUAUUUAACUGUUAAUCCUCCAAUUCAGGAUCUUCAGACCUUCUAUAAAGAAUCUAAGAUUAGAUUUGAUGCAGACGAGGAAUUCAAGAAACGUGCGUACGAAUGCGUUGUUAAAUUACAAGCUUUUGAGCCAGAUAUAAUAAAAGCAUGGAAAAUGAUAUGCGAUGUAUCUAUGCAAGAGUUCCAGAAACUCUAUACUCGACUAGAUAUCAAGUUAAUAGAGAGAGGUGAAUCAUUUUAUCAAAAGCGUAUGGAAAUAAUUGUCGAAGAGCUAGAAUCAAAAAAUUUGUUAGAAGAAGAUAAUGGACGAAAAGUGAUGUGGGGAGAGGAACCUGGUAAAGGAGUACCUUUCACUAUAGUAAAAUCUGAUGGUGGUUUUACAUAUGAUACAUCAGAUAUGGCUACUAUUAAACAACGGAUUGAAGAGGAAAAAGCAGAUUGGUUGAUUUAUGUGACUGAUGCUGGCCAAUCUUUGCAUUUUCAAACAUUACGAAGUUGUGCUAAAAAAGCAGAGAUCUUAAAGGACCACCACAGGAUGGAUCAUGUUACUUUUGGCGUUGUUCUAGGUGAAGAUAAGAAGAAAUUUAAAACACGGUCUGGUGAUACUAUAAAACUUAUCGAACUAUUAGAUGAAGGUUUGAAGAGGACACUGCAAAAAUUGAAAGAGAAAGAACGCGACAAAGUACUAUCAGAAGAAGAACUGAAAAUGGCUCAAGAAUCCGUGGCAUACGGCUGUAUAAAAUAUGCCGAUUUAUCACACAACAGAAAUCAUGAUUAUAUAUUUUCAUUCGAUAAGAUGUUAGAAGAUAAAGGCAAUACGGCUGUAUAUUUAUUGUAUGCUUUAACUCGAAUUCGUUCUAUUGCUAGAACAGCGAAAGUCACGCAAGACGAAUUACAAAAAUGCGCGCGUGACACUCCAAUCUCGUUGGAGCACGAAAAAGAAUGGAAACUAGCUAAAGUGCUAUUAAAAUUCCCUGAUAUAAUUCUUGAAAUUAGUGAAGAUAUGUACUUGCAUCCGUUAUGCGAAUUUUGUUAUGAAAUAUCAUGCGCAUUUACAGAGUUUUACGAUAAAUGCUAUUGUGUGGAAAAGAAUCAAGCUGGUGAGAUUAUAAAAGUACAUAUGGGACGUCUUUUGCUCACAGAAGCUACUGCACUUGUUUUGGAGAAAUGCUUUGCUUUGUUAGGUUUAAAACCUGUUACACGAAUGUAAAGGCAUAAGAAUAUAAAAUACUAUACUUUCUAAUCACAUAAAAUAUAAAAGAACCAUAAUAUUUAUAUUUUUUCAAAGAAUAAGAAAAAAUGUAGUUUGAAGUUUAUAUUGAAAUUUGUAUUGAAGUCUGUAUUGAAAUUAAAAAAAAAUAUUUAUAGCCUUUA